AUGCAACAAUACAUUAAAGAAAUAUUUCAUUUGAGACUCGCAGAGUUAUUAGAUCAUUUAUACUUUCAUGACGCAAAACCUUCCGUAAAUAUAAUGAUAGUGGUUAUAUUUUUGAUGCAAAAAUUAUAUCUCUUGUUUUGGCCUUAAAAUUCUCAGAUAGAGCAUUCAGACGUAUGAAUAGCAAUAUUGUUUAGGAAGUUUACUUAAAUAUCUGUGGAUCACUAUUUUCUUGGAUUACAUUUUAAAAGCCAUUAGAAAUGAUCAACUCUGAAACAAUAAAUAAUCUGAUGAGCAUUUUUUACACAUUUUUGCAUUUGGCCAUGUUUGUAGUUUUCAGCUUUUCGCUCUACAAUUGGUAAAUUGUUUCAAAAAUAUUUACUUUCUAUAUAUCAUAUUAUCAGCUGAUAAUCAUUUAUCACACUGAAAUACAUCACUUAAAGCAAUAGUAUGAUAUAGUAAUAAUUUUUUUGUUGGGUAUUCCACUUUACAUAAACUAUUUGAUUAUAGUUUAUUGCUCUCGCAAUUACUUUAUUAUAUCAUAGCAACACAUGCUAAGAAGAUACUCUGUGUAUAAUUAUUUCAUAGUCGUUAUCGACUUUUUAUAUUUCAUUACACAUUCCCUCUGUUCUGAUUACUGGUCCAAAUAUUUAUUACUGUUAUUAAGUGUUGUAUAUUUUAUUGAUGCAAUCAUUAUGCAACCAUAUUGCAUUAAAAUAAAUGUACUUAUUGUUAAUAUUAAAGCUCAUCUACAUAGGUGCGACAGGAGUUUUGUUAGUAUCAGUAACAGUUAGAAUAAUACUUUGGGAUGAAUCUCUAUAUGCUCAAUUUUAUGGAAUCGCAUUACUAGUCCCUCUCUUUUCCCAUAUUUUCAUGCAAAUUUACUAGAUUAUUUCUGCCAAUGCGAAACAGUAAAGACUUUCAAUCUCUCUCAUCCUAAAUUUGGGUGAGAUUAUUAAUCACAACAUUACAAAUUCUGUUCAAAAAGGUGUUGGAGAUUAUUUGAUAAAAUAGUAUAUAAAUGUAGAAGGAUUGAAUACCCAGAGCAUUCUUUAAUUGCUGGAGUAUUAUAUAAAGAAUUUAGAAAAAAGUGAUUAAUGGGAAGAAAUUUAAUUAUAUAGAAUUCUUCUUAAACAUGAAAUAUAGGGAACCUACUUAUAGAGUCUGUUGGAGACCAAAAGGUACCAAAUCACAAACAAAAAUCAUUCCUUAUUCUUUAAAACAAUAGGGUUCUUAAUUAGUAAGAAGUACGAUCAACAGAUUUAAGAUUUGUAUUCAGGAGAAAGCAAAAGCAGUUAACAUUAUCAUUAUUAAAUUAUUAGAAUUAAAGAAGCAGACAACUUAUUUCAUAACAGUCUAAAUAUAUUCUCGGAAUUACUUGAUUAGAAAAUAUUAAUAUGGAAUUAAUUAUAAAGAGGAUAUGAUAAAAUAGAACACACUGCAAACCAUCUGAUAAACAUUUAUAAGACUCUAAAUAAAUUGAAGAUCAAAAUGAUGUCAAUGAUUUAAUGUGCUGAUAUGGAAUCAAUACUCAAAGUCUAAACUUUAAAAAGAUUUAAUGUCGUAGAGUUACGCUUUUUAUCGCUAUACUUUUCUUUUGUUGCAAAUGAUUACCAGUACACUAAAAUUGUUGAAAUAUACAUUGAGGAUUUGAUAAAACAAGAAAAUAAUUCAUCAAAAUCCUCUAUUUUGAACAUAAAUAUUAUGAACAAUGAUCUAAUUGUUAUUAGUUCUAGUAUCUUAGAAAAAACUGGGCAAAUUGUCAGAGCUAAUGUUGAAGAGAUUAGCAGAUUCUUUGGGUUUGAAGAUAAAAAUAACAAGUAAGAUUUACAAUUUAUUAAUUUAUAUAUGCCAAAAUUUAUUAGUCAAGAUCAUGAUAGAUAUGUUUUUAAAUUUAUUAAUAAAGGCAAUUCAUCCCUAUACAAUAAAGGAAAGCAAGUUUUUUGUAAAGAUUAUGAAGGUUUUAUAUUUCCAAUCAUGUUGAGUUUCUUGCAUAUAAAUGAGAAAUCUUAAGAUUUUAUCUUAACGACUGCUUUACAAAAGGUGAAAUCUAAUUUAGAUUACAUACUUUUUGAUUAAUAUGGAAAAAUCCUAGGGAUUUCAAAAUAUGCCUACUCUAUUUUAAUGAACACUCACACGAAUAAUAGCUCUACCUAAUCUAUUUACUCCUCUAUUGAUCCAUCUAUUUAUGAAUGCUAUAUAUAAUUUUGGAUUCCAAAUAUAGAUUCGUUAAUUCAGAAUUCUAAUUUUGAUCAUGACAACUAUUAAAUUAACAAAGUCAUUGUUGAGAUAUCUACGCUUACUAAUUUUAUGCAAUAUUUAUAUUAUUUUAAGUACUACCAAAGCAUUAAUCCUCAGUAAUCCAAAAAGAUUUCUUAUUUUGAAGAAUUUUUGCAUUUUAUUAAAUAAGAAUUGGGCAAUUAUUAAACUAUGAGUAGUAAGCUUUAAUUUGAAGUCUAAUUUCAAGUUCAUUAAUUACCUACUGAUCAAUUCUAUUAUAUUUGCAGCAUAUCCAGAUAAUAUAAAGAUAUAUAAUCAAUACCCAGCCUUGAUAAAAAGUCAUCAACUUAAAGUUAAUUUUAAAUAAUCUAAUAAUAAGUUAAAAACGUAACUCAUUAGACACAUCCCAAAUUUAUAACAGAAAUAGAAAAACUUACUGAAAUCGGGCCUUAAUCAAAGAGGACGGUUGAAAAUCAAUUGUUAAUACAAGACUCAAAUCAUGAUUAAAAAUAAGAAUUGCUUUUCUCUAAUAUUGAAAGUCAAUAGGUUCUUAACCAAUUAAAUAGUAAUUCUUUAAUUGAAAAAUAAAAAAAAAAACCAGGUAUUUUAGAAUUUGAUGAAUAAAAAAUCUCUUAAUCAAGCAGAUAUUCCAGAAAUUCCAACUUUUAAGUUCUAGAAUAAAUUAGAGAAUAUUAAAAAAAUAAAGAGUUUUGUCUUUCAAUCAAAAAAAUUUGGAUUGUAACGACUUUCUUGUAUUUUAUUAUUUACCUGUUGAUGCUAGUAAUUCUAAUUAUUAUAUCCCAACUCAAUGAUUUGUUGCAGUAUGAUAUCUAACUAGUGAGAAUCCCUGAUAAAUUCAAUCGCCUUUAUUGUUCCUUUGCAACAAUCGGAUAAAUGGAUUUAGAAAGAUCUCUAUUGGCGAAAGAUUAUGGUUAGUAUCUCAAUUAUAGAAUGAUCUAUUAUGGUAGCAGUGUUAGAGAUGAAAUGGAAAACAUGAUGAUAAAUUUAAAAAACAGAUUCUCAAUUUUAGAAAACGAUCAAAGACUGUCAAAUCUUACUGUUAGAAUACUGAAUUAAUUCAGUUAUAUGGAAUACGAAGUAACAAUGAUACAAUUUGAUAUGAUCGCUGAUACAUAUACUGAAUAAUUGUUUGAGCAUAUUAAUCAAGCAUUAAAUUAUUCAGUAUCUACUCAUCAUUUCCUUAUAGAUGAGUAUUACAAACUUCAAUUUAUCAAAGCAAAUUUAAUUAAUUAAAUUACUUCCUCUUAAAAUUUGAUAGAUUAAAUUAUUCUCGAGCUUCAAAUUUCACAAGAGAAUACAAACUCUGUUCUCUAUAUUAUUUUGAGCACCAAACUAUGUUUUGUAUUAGGUUGCAUCAUUUGCUUAACUUAAUUAUGGAAACAACCUUUCAGAAUAGUUUAAUUGUAAAUUCAAUUAUUAAGUCAUCUAUCAGAAUAAUAAAUUAGGACAAGCAUUAGUGCUGCUAAAUAAGCAAAAUAAAUAAUUAAUCAUCCGUAUAGAUGGAAGAGAACCAACUACAUGAAUGAAUGUUAUCAUAAAACUAUUUAAAAGAGGGAUUAAGACAUUUUAAACAGGAUAUAAAAUUUGGCUAAUAAAUAGACAAAAUCAAGUUUACAACUCUUCGAUUAUCAGUUUAGUCAUAUCGGUAUCUAUCUCAAAAAUUUCUUGUAUCUUCUUCUUUUUCUUAGCUUUAUAUUAUCAAGUUUUUUUUAUAUGAAGAAUGGCAUAGAUUCAAGUCAAUCAGAGAUUUAAUUAACUAUCUAAUAUGUCUAAUUCAAAUAAGACUUAGACUCUUUGAUGAUUUUAACUUAAUUAUUGAAAACAAAUUCAAUUUUAUCAGAAAGAGUUCGUGAACUAGGCUUUCUAAACUAAAAUCCAUAUCUUAUGGAUUAAGAGAAAUAUUUUCAUAUUUUGGAAUAAGAAUUUUUGGACAAAUUUUAAUUAAAAUAUGAAAAGGCCUAAGAAGUUAACGAAUAUAUUUUUUAGGACAUUGUAAACUCAAAAAAAAUAUCUGCAACAGAUAAAGAAAUAUUAUAAAUAUUAUAUUAGGAUGAUUUGUGUUCUGUGAUGAAUGAUUAACUUCCUUUCUGCAAUUAUACGAAUGAUCAAUUUUUAUAUUUCCCAGAUUACCCUAAACCCAGAGAAGAGGAUAAUAAUAGGGAGAUAUUUAGGAAUGGAAUUAAUGGAAUAUUUUCUAAGUAAUUAAGUAUAAAUAUAGUAGAUUAAUAGCCAUUUUGAAAUCCUAUUACUAAUUAGAAUUACAAGGUAAAAUAAAUACGGAUAAAACUGAAACCUCAUAUUAUUUAUCAACUUAAGAAUUUAAGCAAUAUAUUUAGGAAUACUUUUUUGACAUUAACAAGGCUGUUGUUAAAUUUUAUGUAACUAUUUUGGAAUCAACAACUAAGAUACUACAAAGUGAUUUUGAAAACACUGUAUUUUAUUAUUUAAUCUUUGGAUUAUCGGUUUUAAUUGUGUAAGGAGCUUUGUAGGUUUCAAAUUUGUCUAAAAUACAACAAUUAGUUUCUGCAAGUAAAUUUACCUUCAUCUUGAUGCCAUUAGAAUGUUUAAAUGAAACCUAAUGUCUGGCUAUUAUCAAACAAAUUGUAAAAUAACAAAAACUAUGA